UUCGCUCGCGCUCCCCGCCCACAGCCAGCCGCCCUCCGUCGGUUCUUUCGUUAGUCCCCGGUCGUCUCUGGAGCUACCCGUCCUCGUCUCAGAGCUUGCGACUCACGGACAGGCGUUCUCGGCGCAAAGAGGCCAGACUCGGAGUCGUCGUCUGAGCUUUUCAUCUGGGAAGUUCAAGGUACUUUAUACAACUUUGGUCACAGGCCGUGCAUUUUGCAGCACAUUUGUAAGCUAUGGCUGCCAUCAGGAAGAAAUUGGUGAUUGUUGGUGAUGGAGCAUGUGGCAAGACAUGCUUGCUCAUAGUUUUCAGCAAGGACCAGUUCCCAGAAGUGUAUGUGCCCACAGUGUUUGAGAACUAUGUGGCAGAUAUUGAAGUGGAUGGAAAGCAGGUAGAGUUGGCUUUGUGGGACACGGCUGGGCAGGAAGAUUAUGAUCGCCUGAGGCCCCUCUCCUACCCAGACACUGAUGUUAUACUGAUGUGUUUCUCCAUUGACAGCCCUGAUAGUUUAGAAAACAUCCCAGAAAAAUGGACUCCAGAAGUCAAGCAUUUCUGCCCCAAUGUACCCAUCAUCCUGGUUGGGAAUAAGAAGGAUCUUCGGAAUGAUGAGCACACAAGGCGGGAGUUAGCCAAGAUGAAGCAGGAGCCAGUAAAACCUGAAGAAGGCAGAGAUAUGGCAAACAGGAUUGGCGCCUUUGGGUACAUGGAGUGUUCAGCAAAGACCAAAGAUGGAGUGAGGGAGGUAUUUGAAAUGGCCACGAGAGCUGCUCUGCAAGCCAGACGUGGGAAGAAAAAAUCUGGGUGCCUUGUGUUGUGAAACCUUGCUGCAAGCACAGCCCUUAUGCGGUUAAUUUUGAAGUGCUGUUUAUUAAUCUUAGUAUAUGAUUACUGGCCUUUUUCAUUUAUCUAUAAUUUACCUAAGAUUACAAAUCAGAAGUCAUCUUGCUACCAGUAUUUAGAAGCCAAACCAUGAUUAAUAAUGAUGUCCAACCUGUCUGACCUGCCAGAGUUCUUCUGACACUGCUCUAACAGCCCUCUCUGCACUCCACCUGACACACCAGGCGCUAAUUCAAAGAAUUUCUUAACUUCUUGCUUCUUUCUAGAAAGAGAAACGGUAACUUUUGUGAAUUAGGCUGUAACUACUUUAUAACUAACAUGUCCUGCCUAUCAUCUGUCAGCUGCAAGGAAAUCUGGUGAGUCAUCACUUUGGAGCUUUACUCCUCAGCCAAUUUCAUUGGCAUAGCUCUGGGGUGGGCAUUUAGUUGUUUGAAAGUGUACUCAGCCAGAAAGGCCCAAGUCCAUGCAGCUGUGGCAGAGUUACAGUUCUGUUACUCUGUUAGUUACCUUAUAGUUACUGUGUAAUUAGUGCCACUUAAUGUAUGUUACCAAAAAUAAAUAUAUCUAUCCCAGAUUAGAUGUAGUAUUUUUUGUAUAAUUGGAUUUCCUAAUACUGAUAUUUGUCAUCCCACAGAAAAGUGUAUUGGUUUUUUAAAAAAGAAAGUGUAUUUGGAAAUAAAGUCAGAUGGAAAAUUCAAAAAAAAAAAAAAAAAAAGAAAAGAAAAGAUUAAGAUAUUUUGAUCAUAAUUUAUAAUAGUACUAAUAUCUUUUCCUUUUUGGUUUAACUUAUUUUAAGAAAACCCAGUGUAUAAAAAUUUGGAUUUAUAAAACAUGUAAAUCACGUAUCCUAGAAGAUUUCUUUAAAAAGGAUUGUUUCUAGGAUGCCUGUACAUGCAAGAAUUUAAUGUACCAAACUUUUGAGGGAGUUUUCUUUUCUUUCUUUCUGUCUUUUUUUUUUUUUUUUUUUUUUUUGUGUGUGUGUGUGUGUAAAAUUAGGAGCAGCACUAAUCAGUUCUUAUAAAAGUCAAGAUGUAAAAAGUAGUAGAUGUUUUAUUUUGCUCUGGGUCUCAGUAGAAAACAAAACAAUGUUUAUAAUUAGGAAAAGUUAAAAAAAAGAUUGAAGCUUUAUAUUAAUCACUCAGGGUAAGUAAUUUUCUACCAUGGUAUCAUGUGGUUUUUAAUAAUUAAAAUUAUAUUUUUGUAUUUUAUUCUUAUUACUUAUUUAAAUAUUUACUAUAUAUAUAUAUAUAUUUUUUUUUUUUUGUGUGUGGUGCUGGGGAUCAAACCCAGGACCUCGUACAUGCCAGGCAAGCACUCUACCAUUGAACUGUACCCCUGGCCCACUAAGAAUUUAAUUUCCAACUUUAACAUAUUUUGUGUAUUAACAUAUUAAUAUUAUGCUUGUGUUUUUUAACUUUAAUAGCUAUUUCAGUGUACUAAAUUGCUAGCUUGUGUAUGUGUUAGCAGUUUAAGAAUAAUGAUUAUUUUAGUUAUUCCCUCUUAUUAAUGUGUAUAGCAUAGUUUCAAGUAUUUUGGCAGGAGGGAGGGUAUUAUAGUUUGGGGAAAGGAAAAAAGUAGAGAACAUGUUUUUAACCCUAAAGAUAUAUAUUAAGGAUAUAACGCACAAAGAUGUGGAAUAUCUUUGUGGUACAAUGUCACAAAGGAGUAAAUUAAAGAUACAUAGCCAUUGAGAAUCAUCUUUCUAUAUUUUUAUGUACUAAAUGAGAAGAUAAAACAAGUGGGCAAAUAAGACUAUAGCAAAAUAGAUUACAUAAGAAAGAUUACAAAGGUCAACAUUAUGCAAAACAAUGCAUCUUAUUAUUUAUUUACAGUUAUUUUUAUCAUACAUGAAGAAGGAUGCAGGAUGUCUGGAUAGGGGUUGAGGGAUUCAAAGAUGAGUAAGAUAAAGUUAUCUUAAAGAAUAUGUAAUUGAGAUGGAAAGAAAAGAUAAUCACCUAAAAUAAGGUAACUAGCAGUCUAGUAAUCUACAGUAAGGUCGAUUCCAAAAAUAAUAAACAUUUUGUGUUGUGAUGUCCUAUGAUUCGAUCUGUACUAAGGCAAAUAAUUAGUUUCAUUGAUCUUACUCUCUAAUUUGUUGAUUGAAUCAGUCAUAUGUUGUGAAUAAACCAUAGCUUAAACUUUA